UACUGAAUUGCAUCGUAAGUUCACGUGGAAUUAUUAUUUUUUUUAUUGAUAACUCCGGAAAACUCUAUUAAUAAUGGUUUAUACUUAUAACUGCCUAUCGGAACUGAGCAAAAUUUCAUUAGUUGAGACACGCACAUUUUGGCCGUCCGAUCAGAACAUGGAUGAAAAAAUUGGGAAGUCCUGAGUAGCCCAGCGGGCUAUGGAGCGGGAGGAUUGAGUGUCAUACGCAUCUCGGUAUACGUGGAGUGAAGAGCGAAGUUAUUAGGUGCGGCGACGAUUUUAAAAUGUUUUCAGCAGCGUCAUCACUUGGUGAUGCUGUCAAGAGUCGCAUCAAUGACAUGUGCGAGGGACAGCCAUCAUGGAAGGUUGUGCUGGUCACUGCCGGCAGCACCAUCUCCUUUAUUGCUCUCAAGAAUUUCUUAUGGCAGGAUGAUAGUUUGUAUGUACGAUCCAAAAAGGCAGCUUUUAUUCUAGUGCGUAAAAUUCCUCAAGUUAAACGGCAAGUUGAAGAAGAAAUUAAUAAGAUGGAAAAAGUGCUAUCAGCAGAAAUGAAUGACAGCAUCGACAACAAUGCAUAUAUGCAGGAGUUGCCCAAACAAGGAUGGGAUAAGAAAACUAUCUUGAAGGAGGUCCAAAAUUAUGGCAAAUAUGGUAAAUACAACUGGGCUGCCGGCUACAUUUCAGGCGGUGUUUAUAACGGCAAUCCUGAACUCACGCAGCUCAUGACUGAGGUGUACGGACUCAGCGCUUGGACCAACCCCCUGCACGCGGAUGUGUUCCCCGGCAUCCGCAAGAUGGAGGCGGAGGUUGUGCGGAUGUGCUGCGACCUCUUCCAUGGCGGUCCGCAGUCCUGCGGCACAAUGACGACAGGCGGUACAGAGAGCAUCGUGAUGGCGUGCAAGGCGUACAGAGAUCGCGCCGUCCACCGCGGCAUCGCAAAGCCUGAGAUUCUCGCCCCCGUCACCGCGCACGCCGCCUUUGAUAAGGGAGCUCAGCUGCUGGGUAUUCGCAUCAAGCACGUGCCCAUUGACCCCGUCACCAUGCGCGUGGACAUCAAGGCCAUGAAGCGCAUGAUUACGCGCAACACAUGCAUGUUGGUGGGGUCAGCGCCCCAGUUCCCCCACGGGGUCAUUGACCCCAUCGCUGAGAUCAGCGCUCUUGGGGAGGCCUGGGGCAUCCCCGUACACGUGGACGCCUGCCUCGGGGGCUUCCUCAUCCCCUUCAUGGAGGAGGCGGGCUACCCUCUUCCCCUCUUUGACUUCCGCCUCCCCGGCGUCUGCAGCAUCUCGUGUGACACCCACAAGUACGGGUUCGCCCCCAAGGGCUCGAGUGUGGUGCUCUACCGCCACAGGCAGUACCGCCACCAUCAGUUCUUCGCACAGCCUGACUGGCCAGGCGGCAUCUACGCCACCCCCACCAUCGCCGGCUCCAGGGCUGGCGGAAUCAUAGCAGCCUGCUGGGCAGCGUUGGUCCACCACGGCAGGCAAGGCUACGUACAGUCUACCAAAGCCAUCAUCGACACCGCAAAGUUCAUCGAAACAAAAUGUCGGGACAUUGCCGGCAUUGAGGUGGUCGGCAAGCCUGACGUGUCAGUCGUGGCGCUGUCGUCUAAACGCUUCAACAUUUACACGCUGAGCGACAAGAUGGGUCUUAAAGGCUGGAACCUUAAUGCUCUACAGUACCCCUCCUGCAUCCACAUCGCCGUGACGAUGCCACACACACAAAAGGGCGUGGCCGAGCGCUUCGUGAAUGACCUGAAGGAGGUGGCGGCAGAACUACAGGCUCUUCCUCCUUGUGAUGGGGAGGGCAGCGCUGCCCUGUACGGCAUGGCACAGAGCAUCCCGGACCGCAGCAUCGUUGAGGAGAUCACGCGUACCUACCUCGACGUCACCUACGAUACCAGUCCGCGUGUAGAGCAACCUACGAUACCAGUCCGCGUGUAGAGCAGGGAAAUAUAGUACCUACCUCGACGUCAUCUACGAUACCAGCCCGCGUGUAGAACAGCCUACGAUACCAGCCCGCGUGUAGAGCAGGGAAAUUCAUGAAUAUUCUCUUGAGUUAUAGUAGCCAAAGGCGCAAUUCGCAUGGGUUAAAUUGAGUUAGAAUAUCGGCUCAUAGUUGAAAGACAAGUCUGGCAAUCAUGAAUAUUUUAUUGAUUGUUCGUCUGUUAUUGUUGACCAGCCCGCGCGUCUAGCUGGGAAAUUCGUAAAUUUUCUCUUGAAUUAUAGUAGCCAAAGGCGAAAUUUGCACGGCUGAAAUUAAUUUGAAUGAUGAGUUGAAAUGAGUUGGCUCCUGAGUUGAUGAAAGACAAGUCUGGCAAUUAUAAAUGUUCUGUCGAUUGAUAUUGAUUUGUUAUUGUUUAGCAUAGAAGUCUGGGAGAAAUAGGUUUUCAUUUCUUUAAAAUUAAUUCUAAUUAUGACUCGAACCAUUUUAUUAACAGGAUUCACGCAGAAAUCUUGAAAAUGCCGCAAUAUUCUAAAACCAACACAGUACAUGUGUUAAACAAUUUUUAUCGGCUUUUUUAAUGUUUUUUACGUUGCUCGUGGCGAAAUGUACUGUUCUUUUACACAUUUAUUUUUUAGCUUUGUAAACAAAAAUGAAUUUAUUUUUAAUUU